AAGCGAUAUUAUGUCAUGAUAAAAACCCAUUUAUCAUACACAACUAAAAACAGCCAACAUUGCUCUAAAUCGAUUUUUCCAUUUUUCUCCACUCUUCCAUUUUUCCAGGCCAAACAACGUGCCUCGGUGAAAUGGCUUCUAUCGAAAGCAUACAACAACCGAGUGCCGGAGUUCCUCAAGGAUCCCUUCUACUGGGACCACGAAGGUCAGGACCACCUCAAGCCACAGAUCGUCGUCGGACUGGGGAAUGCCUCAAUCUACUGCCAAGUGCUGAGCAACAUCUACUCGGACCCGAACUACCAGAGUCUGAACCACUGGUCCAUUCUGCAGACUUUGUCCCGAAAGGGUGUGCCAAUGAACGAAUCUCCCGAUCAGCCGCUCACGGAGACCGUUCUGAUCCAAACGAAUCCUCUUAGAAUUAAUGCCCACAUGACUGUGAUAGAAGCACUGAUGGUGUUGUACGCUAAAGAAGUGGCUUCCAGUGGAAGAAUUUCCAGUGCUUUAGAAAGAAUAUCAGGCCGCAGCGGAUCGCAACCCGUGCAGCACCACGAAGCGGCCUUACUGAGCUGGGUUUCGCAUGUGUGCAGUGCAUUGAAGCGGCGCAUUGACUACGAGGUGUCCAACGGUGGCGGGGCUGGUUCCGGCCUUGCUGUCGAUGAAUACGGUCAACGGCUGCAGAGUCCGAACAUUCCACCGGUACGCGAUAUCCGUGAACUGUGCGAUGGAGUCAGUUUAGCGUACCUAAUAUCGUACUACUGUCCCAAAUUAGUUCCCUGGCCUAGUGUGAAAUUUAAUCACGUGCCAACCAUAGAGGAUUCUAUUCACAACAUCCUCAUUGUCAGUAACUUUUCCGAGCGAAGUUUGCCAUAUUCAGUGUUCCAUAUGACGCCAGAAGACAUUACCUAUAUGCGAGGAGCUAUGAAACAGAACCUAGUAGUACUAUUGGCCGAUCUAUUCAACUUGUUUGAGAUCCAUCCAGCCAAGUGUGUCUGCUAUCCCGGUAUGGAGCAACAACAAGUCGUAGUGUCCGGAACAAACGAGCAUGGCAUCGCGCACCGACGCGGAUUUGCGACUCAUCCGACAAUCGUGUCCAUUCCCGAGCUGCGAGCCGGGCUCGAUUCGCCCCCGGGCAGCAGUGGCAGUGGUACUGCCAGCGGCAGCAAUGGCGGUCCCUCCAACCGGCCACCGUUUCAAGUCACUCGUUCGCCAUCUGCAAGCACCCUGCGGAAGCAUGUCUCAGCCCGGGAUAUACCGGAUCAGCAGCCGCAAUAUUCACAGCAUUCUCCUCAACAACAGCAACCCUAUCAGAACCAGGACGAAGGGUUUGUCGUGCAUAGAAGUAAAGGAGUACCGACAUUGUCGUCAAUGCAGGAACCACUAGUGCCGGCCCGGAUACGGCAAGCAAAGGAAAAAACCAACAACGACUCGAAAGCCGAGGAACGGGGUAAGUUUAAAACACCAAACACAGUUCUGGUUGUUAAUUUUUCCUAGUUUUUUUCCACUUUU